CGCUCGCUGAUUGGUCGGCAGUGUGUGGGCGUGGCCCCGGCGAGGCGGGUGUCAAGAUGUCCACCGAGUGCGACGUGAAGAAGCUGGUCCGCUCCCCCAGCGGGCUCCGCAUGCUGCCCGAGAACCGCGCCUUCACCAGCCCCUUCUGCCUGGAGGAACCGCACUGGGUCCCGGAUAAGGAGUGCCCACGAUGCAUGCAUUGCGAAGCAAAAUUUGACUUCAUAAACCGGAAGCACCACUGCCGGAGAUGCGGAAAAUGCUUCUGCGACAAAUGCUGCAGUAAGAAAGUGCCUCUGCCGCGCAUGUGCUUUGUAGAUCCCGUCCGGCAGUGCGGAGAAUGCUCCGUCAUUUCACAGAAGGAAAUGGAAUUCUAUGACCGCCAGCUGAAGGUGUUGAUGGAUGGUGCAACAUUCUCAGUUACCCAGGGAUCAUGUGAGAAGUCUGAAACCAUGGUGUGUCGACUUUCCAACAACCACAGAUACUUGUUUCUUGAUGGAGAGAGCCAUUAUGAAGUAGAAGUUGCACAGAUUUCUACAGUUCAGAUCCUCACAGAGGGUUUCACUCCUGGAGAUAUUCAUACUUACACCAGCCUGUUGGAGAGCCCGUGCAUCACUGAAGGGGGCAAUAGUCGUGCCACCGGUAUGCUGCUACAGUACAAAGCCCCCGGCUCAGACAAUUUGAAGCAGAUGAAGUUUACCACAAGUGACGACUUCAAUAGUAACAAAAAGAUGUCUGCUUCGUGGCUGGCAGCAAUGCACAAGGCAGCCAAACUUCUGUAUGAAUCCCGGGAGCAGUAAUGGAAGACCGAGCCAAGAGAUGACCAGUACAAAGUUAUAUUUGUAAUUGUCAUUUUGACAGCAUAUAACAAUUCUUCUUUCCAACGGAUCUCCGGACCUGUUGCAGCUAGGUUGUAAUGGGAGACAUUUUUUAUAGCCAUAAUUAUUCACCUUACUUGUGCAAUAUGUAUACAUUUUAAUAAUGCUUUAAAUCUUAGUCUCACAAGCAAGACUGUAUAUUUUUGCUAACUUAUCACAAACUAGCCACAAUUAUUCAGACAGCACAGCUAUCACAGAAAUUAGACGAGCUGGUUGUGGUUACUUAUCGGGCCCAACGCAGUUUACUCAUUUCUUCUGAAGAAUGAGGUUUAUGCAGUAGAAACUCAGGUUCGUUUUUUGCUCCGUUGCAAAGCACUACAAUGCACAUUGUCUAUUUUACUGAUGGCUUAGUCUGAUUUCAUUGAAUUAACUUAAGCCAGGAGCAGCCCAAACCGUUCUCCAACAGCUGUAGAGAGAACUGUUUGGCAUUCCUGCACUAAACGUUAUACUCUCCCCAUUUUUGAUAGUGCAGCAAUACAUUUACCCUUUACAGAAUAGUAACAUGGAAAUCUUAUUUUAAGGUAGUACACUACAACAUGGUUCUACCAGUGGCCAUGAAAGGUUUCAUUUAAAACUGAACAUGGCCGGAAUGUACUGAUGGUACAGCAGAUGGUUCCCAGGUGUGUUAGAGCUUUUAUACUGACUAUGUAAUCUGUAUUGCGGGAAUUUAGCAGCUGUGAUAAUCUUAGUUAACACAAAUGGUGGACAGGAACUGCAGUUCUUGUGUCUCUGCAGGAAAGUUACAGUCUGGGCCUUAGUUUUUGAUUUAGAGGGUUUUAGUCAACCACAAAAGACCCAGGACACUGUAUGCAAGGAUAUCAGCCUGAUCUAGAACAAGCAGGAUCUGCUCAAGACGUUAUUUGCUAAAACCUGUAAUUAAAAUGUGCUUGUGAGUUACAAUAUCAAACUGAAAGAGAGCGCUGAGAAUUAGUACCAGUAUGACGUGGACAUUUCAUCCCUCAGCCUGUGUUUGGCAGAUUGGUGAUCUAGGUGUAGCUUACCCGUCUGUCAUGCAGUGGGCACAUUGCUCAGUAAAUUUGGGUAGACAUCUGUUGUGGACUACAGCUUCCAUGGUGCUCUGAGAGCCUUCUGUAAAAUCUGGGGUUUAUGUAGAAAAGUGUUACACUAUAUACAUAACCUCCACCGUGUUUCCUAUAUAUAAUAUGCUGGUCCUCUAGGAGCCUCUCCUUUAGAGGCUUUGGAUUUUGUACAGUUUCAAUGUUUCUCUAAUAAAGAAAAUAAUUUGUAUCCAA